CUCUCCUCUGCCAAGUAUGUGCCAUGUGUUCGCUCUCCAGGUUGGCGUGUAUGCCGUGAUGCUCCAUCAGAUGCAGAGUUGCUGGGAUGGACUUACUCUCUGGCGCCAUCUUGUGCUGACAUUAGGACCUAGUUUCGUUUCUGAAGAAACAAACACAGCUGCAAUGGGCAGCAGAUAAAAAGGCAGCCCCCUCCUGCUCUUCACAUCAGAGACGAAAACACAUCACAACAUGGAGACUGUCAUGUACAUUGCAGCAGGAGCAGGAGCUGCGGCAGGUGCUGUGGCCCUGGCUCCUAUCAUUGCAGGAGCUGCAGGUUUCACUGCAGGUGGGAUAGCAGCAGGCACCGUGGCUGCUAAAAUGAUGUCAGUUGCUGCAGUUGCCAACGGAGGUGGAGUGGCAGCAGGGGGUGCAGUGGCUGUCCUGCAAUCAGUCGGUGCAGCUGGUGUGUCCGCAGCCACCGGUGCGGUGGUGACCAGUGCUGGAGCAGCAGCUGGAUUAGUAACAAACCUUCUUACCUGAAGAUGUUUAAGGACGCCUAUAUUUGCUGGUGUUUAACAACGAUUCAAUAAAAUGCACCUCAAAGAGA